UUUUCAAGUUGUCAGGCUUGCAAUCAACAGCAAAAUGGGUCUUAUCCAGAGUUGUAUUGGUAAGAGAAGCAACAAAGUCGAUGUCAUGUCAGAAGAGGAGGCGAAGGCCUACAGUAAGAUGGAAGAGGAGAUAAAGAAGGAACUAGUGGAUGAUAACAUCCAGACCAAGCCCCUACCAUGGAUGAUGUUUUGUACAGAGCCUAUUGUCCCAAAACCUUUUACCGAUGAUGUCCCCGGGAGCCCAGUUUUGGAGGUUGUGCAAAAGAAAGGAGGCGUGGCCUUCGAUAUCGGCUACAAGUCAACUGUACCCAAGCUUCCUCCAAUCAACGCUAAAAGGGUUCAGGUUCCAGCUGGGGGCGAGGACUACAAGAAAUGGAAAGCUGAAAGAGACAAACUUCGGGUCGAUAAGCACGAGAAAGCAAAGAUUCGAAGAGAACGUAUCAUCCAGGAAAAGAAGCUGUCUGCCCAGAGACCAAGGACAGCCCGGUCCAGAGAUGCCAUUGAAAGCACUCCUUCGAAAGAUUGAAUAGACAAAAGCCAAUUUUAAACUAUCAAAUGUUCAAUAAUUAUAUUUCUAAUGAAUUUUUGUACGGUAUAUUGAAGAUUUAAGAUUUUGAAAUAGUAGUACAUGUAUUUAAUUUAAAAUAUAUUGUUGGGAUC